UAGCAUAAAUGAAAUUCCAACAAAUAUAUUCUACAACAAUGGUUAUUGCACUUCUUUGUUUUUCACAACAAAAGGAGUAUGCAGGUGGUCAAAAAGAACAAUGCAAUAAAUCUAAUUCAACUGCACUUCUGGUCAAAUCAUGUCCAGGAACAGCCAAGGAGUGGGAAGAAGCGGCAUCGAAAAAAGGUUGCAAAAGCAUCCCAAACAACUGUGCCUCGUUUGAAUAUCACUGUGUAAUAAAUGCAUGGGCUAAUGAGACUUUAGAAGUAUGUGCACCAAUGAUUAAUAUUAUUGGAAACGUAUGCGCAGAGUACAGCUUUGGAGGAUCCAGGAUUCAGCGGCACAGUGAUCCAAAUUGUACAGCAUGCCCAAGCUCCUAUAAAUCUACGGAAAUGCAUCAAUAUCAAGAAUGCUACGAUCUAGUUUACAAAGCACGUGAGAAAAGUAGAUCUUCAUUUAUUGCAAUUUCGUCCACUGUUGAGACCACUAACACACCAGUCAGUACAGCACACACAACACUUAUCAGUCAGCAAAUGGCGGCUCAGCAUAAGGAAUCGACGUCAGAUCUAGAAACCAAGAUACUUGUUCCCAUCUCUGUUGGCAUUAUUUUCCUUAUAAUCUUGGUUGGUACUCUUAUUUACAUUAUACUACGCAUGCGUAAGAGGACCGAAUCUUUUUCCUCAAAAAAAUCAACACCUUGCCAAAAUAGAAUUGAAGACAUCGAACGUUCUUUGUUAAAGGAAUAAAAAAAGACAAUACCCUUGUUUUAAAGAACAAAUCAAUUGGAGAGUUGAAACGUAUUGACAUUUGUCCCAUGUUCUAACAAUUUCUUUUAAGGGGCCGACUGGGUUUUUAAUUGCGCAAUACUUCGCGCAGCAUAGUAAAAUAAAGCGUAUUUACUCUUUGAAAGCAACUAUUUUUACAUAAUUUAUGAAGAUAAACAAAUUCAGGAAUUCUCAGGUUAAAAAAAAUUAAUUACGUUUUUAAAUAACUGAUUUUUAAACGAUUUUUCAAAUGAUGGGUAGACAGACGUCGUAAUAGUGUGUUUUUGACGUUAUGAAUAACCGAAGUUCUUUAAGCGGUGUCAUUCAUUAUGCCAUAAAAUAAAAAGUAUAAAACAUAUGCUCUUGAAAUUUUAA